AUGAAGAAUUCAUUGAGAACAUUAUUCUUGCUGCUCUAUUGCUUUUGUUUGACAUUUGGCGGUGGAAAGGAGCUGUUCGUGAAUUUUAUCACGAGAUCACAAUUCACCUGCCCUGUCACUGAUUUCUCAGCCGAAUCAAUCGGCGAGUGCCCAAAUUUGCGUCAAAAUGAUCCAAUGCCAUUGAAAACGAUUCAAAUUGAUGGAAUUGAUAAAGACUUGUCAUCGAUUUUGGAAGCAGCCAAUAAACAAGCUGAAACCACCACCGAGGCUCCAAAACAGCCAAUUGUCACCUUUGAUGAGUGGACGAAGGAGAAAUUGAAACAAGAACAGAAGCGGACUGAAGAAAAGAUUGCUAGCCAACCGAACGGAAAUGGAAAUCCGACCCAUUUGCGAACAGAAAGCUCACCAACAUCGAGAAAUUACGCCUCAAAGGAGUGCAAUGCAAAAAUUGUACUUGCAAAUCCCGAAGCGGAAAACACAAAGGCUUUACUCAAUGAUAAGGAGAAAGACGAGUACAUGAGAAAUCCUUGUGAAGUGGUGCAAAAGUUCUUCAUCAUUGAGCUCUGUGAAACGAUACAGCCUCACACAAUAGAGCUUGGAAACUUUGAAUUGUUUUCUGGUGGACCGAAGGGAGUACGCGUGUCGUCGGCCGAGCGUUUCCCAGCCGCUGAAUGGAAUCCAAUCAUUGAGGUAGAAGCUCAAGACACUCGAACUCUCCAAUCGUUUAGCCUCAACAAAGCCGGGGUUUAUGCAAAAUUUUUGAAGAUCGAAUUACUAUCUCACUAUGGAAAGGAGCAUUAUUGCACGUUGACGAUGUUGAGAAUCUUUGGAAUGUCGAUCGUGGAAGAGUACGAAGCUGAAGCAGAGAUCGCCGCCGGACGGAUUGGAGCCGCUUCGAUGAACACUGCACCUCAACCACCAAGUUCGACAGCGGUUGAUAAGGCCGGAAUUCCUCUCUCGUCCGCUUUACCGAUUGAAUCUACGGAAAAAUUGGCUGAAAAAGCAGCUGAGAAAAAAGAAGAACAAAAAGCGAUUGAACCCGUGAAAAAGUCGACAGCUGUUGACCCGAGCAAUGAAUCGCAAUCGACUGCCGGGAGACUCUUGAAGAAAAUCGUGAAUGUGGUCAUUGAGAAGUUUGUGCCGGAAAAAGAAAAGAAGCGCUCUCACUCAACCUGGUCUUCCACAUGUCUCACUUGCCCAUUGCAACAAAACAUGACGAGUUCUGUUCGAGUGCAGCUUUUCUGCCAACUAAUCACACUAACGCAAAAAGAAAGGACAACAAAAGCGAUGAUGCCGAAUCAGAGGUUGAUUGAUCGUCAUUGGUCAAGGAUGAGAUAUCGACGAGUUAGAACCGCUUUUCUGCAGAGAUUGACAUCGAAACAGAAUCUUUGUCUGGUACCUGAGGCUGCAGCAACAAAAGCUGUUCCAAAGGAGGAACCACCAGUGAUCGAGACACCAACUGAGACUCUGAAACUUGGCAAGGUGACAAUUCCCGAGAUCACAACUCCUCCACCAGCACAGCCUGUAGAAGUUGAAGCAAAGCCAAGCGAAGAGAAGAUUGAAAAAUUACCACCACCACUGCCCACUGUCGUCCCGCCGAUGCCAAAAGAGUACUUGGAUCCACUGCCAGCAUCGUCUUUAAGUCAAAAGGAAUCGAUCUUCAUAAAGUUGAACAAACGCAUAGCUCUCUUGGAGUUGAACAUGUCACUUUCAUCCGAGUACCUCUCCGAAUUAAGUCGACAGUAUGUGGCUCAAUCGGAGAUGCAAGAGAAAAAUAUUGUUAGAGCGAAAAUCAUUGCAAACGAGGCCGUUCAAAAUGCGACAGCUCAUAUCAACAUUACAUUGACGAAUCAGCUUGAAAUGAUGCGAAAAGAAGUUGAUCAAUUGGCGAAAUUUUUGAGGAGUGUUCGGAAGGAGAGUGCUAAUCUACAGUUCAGACUUGCUGCUCAUGGAUUCCGAGAAGAGCCAGAAGAUCCAACCUUUUGCGAGACUGAAGAAGGAGAGGAAAACGACGAUGAACUAGCGAUUGGACACUACACAAUAACACAUAGCAGAGAUGGGUUCUGGACGACUGAACAAGUUGUUUACAUUGUGGUCACCGUGCAAGUGAUCACUGCUGUGGUGCUCACCGUGUUGCAGAUAAUCUUCCGGCGAGCUCCAGUUAUCAAGAACUCGAAUGGACCAACGUUGACAAUUGAUGAUGUAAACAGGAUGAUCGAAGAGAAGCUGAAAGAAAUGCAACGACAGAAAGAAGUGAAUAAAGAAGAUACUGGAGAAGCUGGCGCAUCAGGAGCGGCUGCUAAGCGUAGAAAACGAAGACGGAGAAAACAACAACGAGAAACGGAUAGCGCUGUUGAUUCAAGUCUACCAACAGCUUCGAUCACUCACAGUGAUGUUGAAGAUCGAGAACGACAUUUGGACAUCCUUCAAGCCGAGAUGGACGGCACACUUGGUGCUCAUAUUCUGGAGUCUUCGACUGCAUGUUUGGUUGAACCGAUCUCGGGU